AUUUGAUAAGCCACUUAAUUAAUUGGCGGUCAACGCGCCGCGCGUCCUUCCCGGUGCGCGCGCACGCGCUCAUAUCCACGCUCGCUCACGCCACACGGGCGCAACUACCGACGGGCGAGACGCGACUCGAGCGACUGGUCUCCGAACCCCGGCCGGUGGAUCCUGCGUCUAUAAUCAAUCAGUCAAAUCAAAUCAAAUCAAUCAAUCAAUCAGCGGGCUGCCGGCUGUGACGAGAGCGGAGGGCUGCGUUGUUGCGAUUGCCUUCUGUGCGCGCGGGGAGAGUCGGAUGGAGUAAAGUCACACCGAGGCUCCGGGAAACACCCCGCGCCUCCUCUGGCGCGAUGAUCUGACAAGCGUUCAGCUGUUCUUCAUCAUCUUCAUCGUCAUCAUCAUCUGUUUGCUUGGUGGUUGGCUGCGUUGCAUCUCCUCUGAUGAACCUCUGGCUGCGUAAGAGGAGGUGAGUCGGGAGGAAGAGGAGGGUCAUGCGGUGGAGGAGGACGAAGAGGCAUGGGAAUGCCACCGGGCUCCGUCUCCCUCUCGCCACUCCUGCUGGCGCUCAUGGCAUCCGCUAUUGCAGGCCUGAACGUCUGGCCCUCCCUCCACGUUGCCCUCAGCAAUGCCAGUGUCUUUGUGGACUUCAGGACAGGAUGCAACAUCAGCACCGUCUGCAGCACCACCAUCUCUCUGGUCGACAUGGAAACCAAUACCACCCUCCUAACCAGAAUCCUACCCAGCAACCAAUCAGAGAGGAGCGUAGAGUUCAACUGCUCGUGCUUCCUGUAUGCUGGUACGUUCCGCUUCCACCUGAAGCAAACCAAUGCCAUCACUUCCUCUCACGCCAAUGGAACGGAUGGGAGCAUCGCAGAAACUACGAAGGUGUGGUGGAGUUCUGAACUGCAGGUGCGGUGGCCCACCUUUCACAUCACUGUGGAAAGGGCCAGUAACCACUCCAGAUCUUUUCAGGUGGGGAUAUCCACUAACCAACACUUCCAGCCGUGCGCCAGCAGCCAGGACUCCACCGUCCUCUUCAUGGAAGUCAGCUACAUGGAGUUCAACCAAAUCGGGCGAAACAGCAUCGACAAGGUCCGGGCCCGUACGCGCCACCCGCUCAAAGCACUCCGUUCCCAGCGCGUUGAGUUACCCUGCGCCUUCCCCUUCACGGAGAGGGACUUCAUACGAGUGGCCCUACAGUCCCCUCACACAAACCAGGAGGUGAAAAGCUCUGAGCCCCUCUACCUGUCACGCAUUAUUGCCUACAAGCUGCUGGUGGACAACGCCAAUGCUUUCAGGGCCGGCUGCGAAGGGACGGUGAAGGUGAAGCUGAUCACACCGCCCUGCGCCCACAUCAACGGAAGAGUCCUGCUGUAUCGGGACGCAGACGCCGGAAAGGGGGCCGCUGGUUCACUUGAGACGGGGCCGGCAGUAACGGCAGCGUUGGGGUUUGGAUCGAAGGAGCCCUCGUCUCCUCCAGUGGCGUUUCAGUGGUUGACUCAGGGAGAGAACGAGACCGAAUUCAACUGCUCCGUGUUUUUCCCCGGGAAGAACAAGUACUGCUUCCGGUUUGUCUUCAACUACAGUCAGUCCCCAAGUCUGGCACAGAACUGUUUGGUGGUUCACAGGAGUGCCGAAUCGUGGGGCCCGUGGCUGCCGUGGAGCGUGUGCAGCGUGAGCUGUGGAGAGGGAGUGAGGGAGCGAUUCCGGGAAUGUCUGCUGCCAUCUGGUGUUGAAGGGCUGCAGUGCACCGGCAUGGUGAAGGAACAGUCACUCUGCUCACUGGAGGACUGCGUCGCACUGCCGGCUCCUUCUCCGUCCCUCUCCACUGUGUCUGUGGGAUCUACCCCUCUCGGUGGUAACCUGGUGGUGGUUGCUGGUGUUUCCCUCUGCCUGGCUGUGAUCCUGGCCACGGUUUUGGUGGCCGUGUGGAGAAAGCUCUGCCGUACACCCCAGUGCAGCUCUGUUCGACGAGGCUCGGUGCAUUCCCCUGGCGGACGCAAGCUCUCAGACGAAGCCUCCAUCUAUGGGAACAGCCUGCAGAGACCCAGCCUGUCAGACGGCCUCGGCUGUCCCCAAGGCGGGCUGGCUUUGGGUUUAGGCCAGAAAGUGAUGCCUCCCCUUGGUGGUCAGCCGCUUUCACAGCCUCUGGUGGUGCCCUCGGUGCAGGACCCAGAGAGGCUGUCUCCCACAGGACAAAAGCUGCUGCCGCCCAUCUUUGGGUACCGGCUGGCUCAGCAGCAGUUGAAAGAAAUGAAGAAGAAAGGUUUGAAGGAGGCCACACAGCUCUACCAUGUCUCCUCGAGCCCCGUCCAUGAUACUAUGCUGGAGACGUCAGCUUCUCCCACACACUCCCUGACUCCUACACCAACAGCGUUCACUGCUACCAAGCUCCUCCCCGGCACUGUUCCCCCAGGACAACACCAGGACAACCACGACCUCAGCCAACUCUGCAUGGCAGCUCCCUUUCCUGAGGCUAGAGCCUCAUCACAGUGCUCUAGGAAUACCCAAGACAGACUGAGUCCCAGAGUGGAGCUCCUCCUAGGGCCUCCCGUUUCUGGCCAUGGCAGUGGGGGGAGCUCAAAACGACACGACCGCACAGCGGAGUGGGUUGAAAUGGUGGAAAGGAGUGGGUUAGGAGGACUUUCAGGAGGAGGAAAUUCUAAUCAGAAGAAUCCAAAUUUCCGUCGAACCUCCAGUUUUAAUGAUCCCAGACCUCAUUCCCCACCUUCUGCACUCCCCAGACAGUUCAGAGAAAGGAGCAUGACUCAGGUGGGCUCGCGGACCCUCCCUGAGGGAAGCUGUAGGACCAAAGGAAUCCGAGAGAGCAAGCCAUACCCCUCUUUCCCCUCCUACCCCAUUCCAGAACUAGCUGCCACAGACUGGAGCCAAUGCAGACCUCAUGGAAAUGACCAGCGGUGGCCCUUAGGGGAGACAGCAGGUUUUCGCCAGAGCAGUGAGCUCACAAACAGAGGGACCAACACUAAAGCCAACCUUAAUGGCACCACGGAGCGAGACAAACAGAAUAGCAGUGGGACUGGAGCUGGACUGGGAGGGGGAACCUCAGGGAUAGGCGGCCCUGUCAGUUCUCAUGUCGGAGGCCACCUGGGUCUGAGUCGCGCUGAGCGGGCCGAGCAGAACUGGAGCCGCCGUGGCCCUUCUCCCAUCCAGAGGAACAUCUUGGCCCGCAAAUUAAAGGAAGCCCAAUCCAGCUCUGGCGUGUUGGGUCAAAAUGGCCGCCAGCGCAGCUCCACUUUCAGCGCAUCCACCUCGGAGCAGAGGAAAGCUCGGUGCCGUUCCUUGCCAAUGUCGGCAGACUUUAGCGGUGUUGACAGCUCCCCCUACAGGCUGAGUGAGGCAGAGCAGAGGAUGAUGGACCUCGACUUGACUUCAUCUUAUGUUGAAGAGUAGCUCUAACACACACACACACACACACACAAUUUGAUUUUUCUAUAUUUGUAAGGACCCUCAUUGACUACAUUCAUUCCAUAGUUCUCUAACCUUCACCUUAAAGGUAACCAAUGUAGUUUUGCCACUAGUGGCGCUACAAAGCACAUGUUUAUAUGACGUGGUCUUCAAGCAUGAGCACUAGGACGAACAUGAACGCAACGAGCAUGGGGUGAUGUAUUACAUGUAUCUGUAGAAUAAAACACAAAGAAGAGGAACCACCAAAGCACAAAUCGAGACGCAUCAGUAUACUACUACUACUACUUUCGGCUGCUCCCGUCAGUAUACAUCCAGGAAAUAAGAAAUAGAAGAAGAAUAUGAGAGAGAAUUAUGCCGACUGCUCAGAGCAAAGCUGCUGCCCCGUGAAAACCUGACCUUAAUGUAGAAUGAUGAAAACAGACGAGUAAAUAGAGGAGGUCCUGGCUGACGUCCAAUAACUCUUACAAACUGCUCUCUAAUUUCAGCCUCCAGCAUCCUCAACACCAUGUCCUGGACAGGAAAAUUAGGGAACAAAUGUCUAGGACUAUCUAAACACUGCAUGUAGGUGUGAGUGCAGAUAGGACAAGUAAAGUCAAACUUUAUAUCGUAAUUUUGUAAGAAACGCACAUAUCUAUAUAACGCACAUUUUUAUAUUGUAUCGUCUAAACUGAUAAUCUGUGCUACCGAUGAACAGCCUUUCUUUUUUAAUCUUCUAUUCGUUAUAUUAUUCCCUAACUUUCAGAAAACCAAACUCGUGUUUAUUUGUAUUUCAAUUACUUGUUUGUCAGAGUCCAUCCAUGCCUUUUCCAAGCCGCUUAUUCUAAGUAAGGUCGCGGGAUACUGGAGCCUACCCCAGCAGUCAUUGAGCGGCAGGCGGGGAGACACCCUGGACAGGCCGCCAAGCCAUCACAGCCCCCCCCCCCCCCACAUACACACACACAUUAAUACCUAGGGACAAUUUAGUGCGGCUGUUUCGCCUGACCUAUGUCUUUGGACUGUGGGAGGAAACCGGAGCACACGGAGGAAACCCACGCAGACACGGGGAGAACAAGCAAACUCCACACAGGGGAUGACCCAGGACGACCCCCAAGGUCGGACUACCCCGGGUUCGAACCCAGGACCUUCUUGCUGUGAGGCGACCGCGCAGCAAUGUUUUUUUAAAAACAUAUUUAAUGUAGCCUUGAGUGUCCAUAUGACCACAAGAACCACUGACGAAUCCCCAACACUGUCAAACAAGACACGGAGGUGUUCCUGAAUUUCUCAUUCUCAAAGCUGGACGGCAGUCUUGGAUUUGAGACGCAGACAUUCGGCCGGGUGUGAAAACAGAAAACUGUGUUUCAGUACUCUGUGACCUGUCCAAAGUUACGCACAUCCCCCCCAUUCUUACCCACCAUGUCUUCCUGUAUAUUUUCUGCUGUAUUUGGCCGGCGGUGUCUUGCACAGCGAACAGCAGCUGUGCGGUGGCACAGGAAGAGAGGUCAUACACCCAUCAUGUGACGCUGUCUGGGUGCAAAUACCACGAGAUGUUUAUGACGUUGUUCUAGCUAUCAACAUCUUUUUGAUAUCAUAAAUUAACUUUUCACUAGUUGAAAUAUCCAUUUUGAAUAUCGUAAAUUGAAUUACAACUUGAAAUAAGUCAUUGUUAACUAGUUAAGAUAACAACUGCUGAUAUCAGAAAUUCAAAUUGUUGAGCUGGGGUGCGCAAUCUUCUUCUUGCGUAUGGAGGAUAAGCAAAGCUUGACUCGGUUUUCUCUUUAGAUUUUAACGUUAGGCAUAUUUAUUUAGGCAAACACAGCAGGUCUUAGCUCUCUACUACCGACUCUUACAACACACACUGUUGCACACUGACAACACACACUGUCCACAGUGAGAACGUGGCGACGUCACAUCCGAAUGUACCGUAAUACAAUGAGUAAGGGCGCCAUCAAAUAACGACACUUAACACCCCCACUCGCUCUUAGCUCAAUUGGAUUACCUGGAAAACAAAACAACAAAAAAUAAGGCUUCUUCUUUACCUUGACAACGAGAACACACUCUAUGCACUUCUAAGUGCCAAACAUGUCUUGAGCAAACCUCUUUAGCUUUAGCUUGGUGACUGGCUUUGUCAUUACAUCAGCGAUCAUUUGCUCAGUAGGACAGUAUUCCAAGAUUACCUUUCCAUUAUUUACAGUUUCCCUUAUGAAGUGGUACUUAAUAUCAAUGUGCUUGCACCUCUGCCUGUUUACUGGGUUUCUGGCUAGGGCUAUAAUACCUUGGUUGUCUUCGUACACCUUUGUUUGUGCAUACUGGUAUUUGUCUAUACCUCUGAGUAGCUGUUCUAGGUAGAUACAUUCCUGUAUGGCUGAUGCUAAGGACAUGUACUCUGCUUCGCAAGUAGAUAGUGCUACUGUCGGUUGUUUUCUUGUCUUCCAUGAGAUCAAAGAGCUUCCUUCACUUAGACUGACACAAUAGCCUGAUGUACUACAUCUGUCUGUUACAUCUGAUGCCAGUCAGCAUCACUGUACAUUCUUAAACCUAGUCUCUCUGUGUCAUUUCUCUUGAAGCAUAAAACAUGUUCUGCUGUACCUUUGCGGUAUCUGAACACGUGUUUUACAGUGUUCUUCUGUUGGUUCAGCAAAGUGCUGAGAUAGUUUACUGACCACGAAACUUAUAUCUGGUCGAGUGCAUGUGGACAAGUAAAUUAAACUUCCCACUGCCUCUCUGUACUUUCUUGGCUCUUUCAUUUUUUCAGCAUUUUCUGAGUACUCAAGUUUUGGCUCACAUGUAGUCUCCCUGGACCUGCAAUCCUGCAUUUCAAAUCUCUCCUGUAUUUUGCUCAUAUAUCUCUUCUUUGACAUUUUAACUUGACCUUCUGCUUGCUCAAAAUCUAUCCCCAAGAAAUGUUUAAACUUUCCCAGGUCUUUCAUUUUGAACCUUUCGGUGAGCAUUUCCUUUACACUUUUCAGUACACCCUUGUCGCUAGCUGCUAUUAUCGUCAACCCAUAUUAUCAAGAUUACCUUUUCGUUGUUUUUCUCUUGUAUACACACAAUGAUCAGCAGAUUCUGUACAAAACCAUUUUCACUCAAACAUGUAUGUAACAUAGCGUUCCAGUUUCUGCCUAACUGCUUUAGACCAUAGAGAGACUUAUGCAAUUUGCAUACUAGCUUUUCACACGUUUCUGACUUUUUCUCAUAACCUUCUGGUAGCUCUAUAUCGAUUUCACAGUCAAUUGGUACAUGCAAAUAGGCUGUGUUAACAUCCAUCUGGUGUAAGACUAGGUUCUCCUUCGCUGCCUUCUGCAUGACUGCUCUUACACUUGUCAUAACAGCUGUGGGUGAGAAUGUCUCCUCGUAGUCAGUUCCUGGUUUCUGACUGUAACCUUUUGAUACAAAUCUUGCCUUGUACUUAUCAGAUCCAUCAAUGUCACACUUGAGUGUGUAGACCCAUCUACCCCCCACUGCAUGUUUACCUGAUGGCAACUGGGUGAAGCUGAAGGUCUCGUUCUCCUCCUGUGAUCCCAUCUCCUCGUUCAUGGCAUUUUUCCACUGCCUUGAUUUUUUGAUGCCAUGGCGUCCUGGUAGGUUUGAGGAAUGUCGCACAGUGCUCUAUAACAAGAGUCCACGCAUGUUUUCAGUUUGUCCUCUGUGUCCUCAGUCUCGAAUUCCUGUAGGUAAACUGGUCUCCUCUUGGUUCGCGGUGGGUUCCUUCCGAUUACAGUCUCGAUGACUUUGCCCGGCUGUGUGCGUUCAGUCUGUUCAGGUCAAGUCCCAGAAACUCCACUCUGAACACCCAGACCUGGUACAUUUUCUACGUUUUCAUCAACAACAUUUUCUUCACUGUCAUUGACCCUGGGAUGUACACUCCUAUCACCAUAUUCUAUGUAUGACUCAGGUGUUUGCAUUGCCUUUUCUUUGGCUGUCUUGGUUGCCAUUUUGUUCCUCCGCGACUUUUCUGACACCAUCUUCUGCCCCCUUUUUCUUGCACAGGUAUUCUUGGUGUGUAUUAUUUUUGCAGUAACUGCACCACACUUGUCGAUAAAAUUUUCUUGCCCUGUGCCCUUUUAUUCCACACUUGUAACACGUCACGUUGGCAUCUUCAUCUUUUCUGUCGCUAGCGUGCGUCUUAGUGGGGCCUCGGCAUUGCCCUGCACAUGUCUUCAUCACAUUAUCCGUACAUCUUGCCGUGUUCAUUUUCUCCGCCUCUUCAUGGACCCGUAGUCUUCUUUUAAAGUCUGCGAACGUAACGUUAUCUUCGUUUUGUGUUAUGUGGACGGCUAGCAACUUAAGAGUCUGGUAGCCCGCCUAGUAUCAUGGCUACGAUCAGUCCAUCACUCAUGGUCUCGCCUGCAUCUCUCAGAGCCGUAAUGAGGUUCUCCGCCCUUAUUGUGUAGUCGGUAACACUCUCGUUGUCCGCCAUGCGUAGCUUGGACAACGACGUGUAUAAAUGUAUUAUCCGCGGCUUGCUUUUUCCGGAAUAAUGUUCUUUCAGUAUUCU